UGCUAUUGGUAGCGAUUACGUGAGAAAGUGGUUUGCAUUCUUAAAUCUCGAGGCUUCACUCGAAGCUCCAGCUGUUUGCUUGUAGGAAGUUAUUAACGAUUCUGACCUCACCGAGGAAGGGUAUAGUCCGAUAAUCACGUUCUGACGGAAACAAGUUUCCUUUGGUGCUCAACCUUUUAACAGCAAUAAGUUUUCUCCUGAAAGACCGAUUUUCUUUGGUUUUUUUGUUUUGGUUUCGCGUUUUUGUCCAGCUUUGUUAACAGCAGAGAUAUGGUAGGAAGACAAUGGAUGAAAUGUGUAUCUUGCUUAAAGUACGUUUUGGUUUUCUGGGGGUUGUUAGUCGCGGCGAAACCAUCAACCACAGAUUCAAACUCAAAGGAAACCUGCAAUUUUGUCAAGACUGACUCUUCAGGGGAAAUUCUGAGCCCGAGCUAUCCCCAACCAUAUCCUGAGGACAUUGAAUGCACAUGGGAAAUAAGAAUGCCUUUAUUUGAAACUAUAGUUCUUGUAUUUGAGAUGUUCAGCCUCAACUCGCCUUCAGGGGACUUCUUCUGUGAGAAAGGUGACUUUGUCAAAGUCUACGAUGAGCAAGAGGGUCUUUUGGGCACAUAUUGUGCGGGGAAUUUCCCCCCAAGGCAGAUAACUUCGAAGGGCAAUAUCUUAAAAGUUGUUUUUAAGUCGCAUAAUCGAACAACAGAGAGUAAGGGUCUCAAUCAUCAUGGUAGUUUUCGUGCAAUUUUUUCCUCGUGUGGUGGGUUCUUCGCGGACGCUGGAGGUUUUCUUCAGAGUCCAAGUUAUCCAGAGAGAUUUCCAGCAGAUAUUCAUUGUUUGUGGCAGAUGAGAGUGCCCUCAGACUAUGUAAUCGAGCUUCGUUUCAAGGACUUUCAAAUGGAUGGGAUGUAUCCGUGCAAUGUUGACUAUGUUAGAGUGAAAGAUGGUUUUAAUACUAACUCUACUGAGUUAGGACACUUCUGUACCACGCGACUUCCCAAGGAGACUGAUCCCGUUCGCUCUACGGAUAACAAAAUGUCCCUGGAGUUCAAAUCAUACAAAGAAAGCAAUUCUCGAGGAUUUAGGGCACGGUAUACCCGAGUUCCUCAUUGUAAUGGGCUCUUGAAAAGUGAUUACGGAAGGUUUACUUCUCCGGGUUACCCUGGUUCGCGGCAAAUGGACGAAGCCUGUAGUUGGCUUAUAACAGUCUCAGAGGGGAGGGUAGUAUCAUUGAGGUUUGAGUUCUUCGCUGUCGAUUCUUCCAUUGGGAUGUUUUCAGUUUCUGGAGACUGUGGAGAUGACUUUGUAGAAGUGUUUGAUGGAACCAGCUCCGAUGACCCCUCCCUUGGAAAAUUCUGUACUGUUAAUAAUAAACCCACUGAUAUGGUGCGCUCAAGUGGAAGGCAGAUGUUUGUAAGACUAAAAACAAGUCUGCAAAACACGGGAGAUGGUUUUUCAGCCAGUUACUAUGGUAUGGAUCCUUAUAACCACUUUGCGGGAUGCAGCAUAUUUGACCAGCAACUUUUGUUUACAUGCAACAAUGGUCAGAAGAUCCAAUGCCAAUGGAAAUGCGAUGGUACAAAUGAUUGCACAGAUGCAUCAGAUGAAUUGCACUGUGCACCUUCACCAACUCCUGCAAGCCAGUCAAGUAGUGAUAUACGCAACUAUGUCAUAGUCAUUCUCUCUAUUACUGGUUCAUGCUUGUCCAUUGUAUGCAUUGGGUUUAUGGUGGAUCGUUUGAGACGGAAACGCACUACACGACCAAGAAGAAGAAGCAACCUUAGAAGACUACGCCGUUCAAGGCUCUCAUCUGCUGUGGAUGCCCCCUUAACAGAUGAACCAUCAUCUCCUCCACCUCCUUAUGAAAAUGCAUGCUAUGGGGUGUCUUUCAUUCAACCCCAUCUAACUAAUUCUUCUCCACAAAGAAGUAGUCCUGUUGCAUUGCAGAAUAGUAGACAGGGUCAAACCCCUGAGCAAGUUUUCUCUAAUGGCAGUCAAGAAAAUACUUCUGCAAGUUUCAGAACUGAACAAAUCAUUAGUGGUAAUGCAGUCAUAGGCACAGUCUCCCCUUCAGAGUCUAUUAGUUCACUGAAUGACACUGCUCCUCUUAUACACAGAUCUGAAAGUGUUAUUGAACUUUAAGUGAUAAAACUAAGUCGGUAAGUUAUUUUAUGGGUGUAUGUACAGUAUAUAAUUUGUUGAUAAUGAUUUGGGUAGAUUCAUGACACUUCCAAUUGAGUGAUCAAUUCUUCCCUAAGCCCACCCUUAGUCUAUGGUGUGAAAAAAUGCACUUAUUUUUUUUUUCAAUUCAAAGUAUUUGUUGUACUUGUUUAUGAGUGUUUUGCAUUUACCACUGGUAACGAGUUUAUUUGAACAACAAUCAUGCUCAAACGUCAACAGUCAACCUUUCAGGAGUGAAAAGUUAUCAAGAAAUAUGACUGGGCACACUUUCCUCAUUGAUGCCCAAAGUGUCUUGUUCUUUGUUCAGGUUUAGAUACAGGUUGCACCACAUUAUCUUACCUCAGAAUGUAAGUUUUAAAUAUUCUCCAAGUAUGUCCUUUGUUAAAC